AUGUCAAUACAACAUCAAGCACUAGUUGACACAAGAGCUGGUGGAGUUUACAUUCCGCCAGCUCGGCUAAGGCAAAUGCAAAAAGAGAUUACCGAUCCUAAUAGUGAGCAGUAUCAACGAAUAACUUGGGAAGCCCUCAAGAAAAGUAUAAACGGCCUUAUAAACAAGGUUAAUAUUUCAAACAUUAAGAAUAUAGUUUUAGAACUCUUUAAUGAAAACUUGAUUCGUGGAAGAGGGCUCUUUGUCAGAUCAAUUAUGAAGGCCCAAGCUGCCUCUCUUCCGUUUACUCCAGUUUAUGCGGCAUUAGUUUCUAUUAUCAAUACAAAAUUACCACAAGUAGGAGAGCUUGUAUUGACACGGUUGAUUGCACAAUUUCGGAAAUCAUAUCGGCGUAAUGACAAAACUUCAUGCCUCGCUACGACAACCUUUAUUGCACAUCUUGUUAAUCAUCUCGUGGCGCAUGAAAUAGUUGCUCUACAGAUUCUUGUUCUUUUACUAGAAAAGCCUACUAAUGAUUCUGUUGAGGUGGCAGUUGGGUUUAUGCGAGAGUGUGGUGCUCAUUUAGCCGAAGUAUCACCAAAAGCAAAUAAUGACGUGUAUGAUCGAUUCAGAGCAAUUCUGCAAGAAGGAAAUAUCGAGACAAGAGUUCAAUACAUGAUUGAAGUUUUGUUUCAAGUGCGAAAAGACAAGUAUAAAGAUAAUCCACCAAUCCCUACGGAUUUAGAUUUAGUCCAGGAAGAAGAUCAAAUAACACAUCAUUUAUCACUUGAUGAUGAGUUGGAUGUUGAAGAGCAUUUAGUAAUCUUCAAGUUCGAUAAAGAUUAUGUACAAAAUCAAGAGAAAUAUGCAGAAAUCAAAAAACAAAUAUUGGGAGAAGAUUCCGGCGAAGGAAGUGAUGAAUCUGAUUCCGAAGAAAGUGAAGGAGAUGAGGAAGAAGAAUCAAAUCAGGAUUUAGCGGCAAAGAUGCAAAUACAUGAUCAAACAAAUACAAACUUAAUUACUUUGCGACGAACAAUUUAUCUUACUAUCAAGUCGAGUGUUGAUAUGGAAGAAUGUUGUCAUAAGCUCAUGAAACUUAAUAUCCAAGAAGGACAAGAGGUUGAACUUUGUAACAUGAUAAUCGAAUGUUGCUCACAAGAACGAACUUACGAGAAAUUUUUCGGACUAAUCGGAGAACGACUCUCAAAAAUUAAUUUAAUAUGGGCAAAAUCAUAUGAACAAUGUUUUAUGCAAUACUUUGAAACGAUACAUCGCUACGAGACGAAUCGACUUCGAAAUGUUGCAAAAUUCUUUGGACAUCUUCUCGGGUCGGACGCAAUUUCUUGGGAAGUAUUUAGAGUGAUCCGGUUGACGGAAGAUGACACGACUUCUAGCUCUCGAAUUUUCGUAAAGAUUUUAUUCGAAGAGCUGAAGAGUUCAAUCGGUAUGCGUAAAUUGAAGGAGAGAUUGCAGACACCGUCCAUGCAAGAGUAUUUUGCCGGUCUGUUUCCUAAAGAUAAUCCGAGAAAUACUAGGUUCGCCAUCAAUUACUUUACUAGUAUUGAGAUGGGUGCUUUGACAGAUGAUCUAAGAGAACAUUUACAGAAUGCACAAAAACUUAUAAUGACAAAAAAGAGAAAAAUUGACGAGGUAACCUCAUCAUCCGAGUCUUCAUCUAACGAUUCAUCAGAUUCUUCAACAGGCUCUUCAUCCGAUUCUUCAUCGUCAUAUUGA